CGAGCGGUGUUGCACAAAAUGGGCUCUCCCGCAGCAGAUCUGCGCAGAAGUGUUCCGUGCGUGCGGGUGCCGCGAACCACGUGGGGCUGGGGACCUUUUCUGGUUUGAGCGGCGGCGGAUGUUGAAAGGACCAUGGCCACCCGUGAGCGCACCUUCAUUGCCAUCAAGCCCGAUGGGGUCCAGCGGGGUCUUGUAGGAGAGAUCAUCAAACGUUUUGAGCAGAAGGGAUUCCACCUUGUUGGUCUGAAAUUUAUGCAGGCUUCUGAAGAGCUUCUCAGGGAACACUACACUGACUUGAAGGACCGUCCGUUCUUUGCUGGCCUGGUGAAAUACAUGCGCUCAGGGCCCGUGGUUGCCAUGGUCUGGGAGGGGCUGAAUGUGGUGAAGACAGGCAGGGUCAUGCUCGGAGAGACCAACCCUGCAGACUCCAAGCCUGGAACCAUCCGUGGGGACUUUUGCAUCCAAGUUGGCAGGAAUGUUAUUCAUGGCAGCGAUUCUGUGGAGAGUGCAGAGAAGGAGAUCCGCUUAUGGUUUCGCCCCGAGGAACUGGUGGAUUACAAGAGCUGCGCUAAGGACUGGAUCUAUGAAUGACAGGAGGGCGUACCACAAUGCUUCUUUCAUCCACGUCCCCUCAUUCCCAUGGACACAGGACUAGGCUGUAGCAAACCCAGUAUUUACCCAGUUAUUUAUGGACACUUCCUUAUAAUUUGGAAGGAAAUUAUUGGAGCUGUGAGUGCUCCAGGUACAGUGUUAUGUGGUACUGUCAGAUUAAAAUGUUUCAUC